AUGUUACGACCGGCUGCCUCGCCCUGGAGGGAAUUCUCGCGCACAUCGGCGGCUGCCAUACGGCGGACGCCCAUUGCGGCGCGAUGCAUCAACAUAUCUGCCACCAGCUCGUCGACGGAGCCCGCGCUGCAGCAGGCAGUCAGUGUCGAGGGCACAGCGACGCCUAUGCAUACUCCAGACGCCCGUUUCGAAGUCAUAGGCACUCCCUUCUCGCUCCUCUCAGUCUCCCUCUCCGCAUCGCAGACGCUCUACACCCGCCGCGGCACACUCGUCGGCCUCAGCGGAAAGUCUGAGAACACGCUAUCAACCCUCUCCUUCCUCGAGCCCCUGCAGAGAGCCCCCGUCGGCAUCCCAUUCCUCUACCAGAAAGUGUCCUCCACGAGCCCCGUCACCGCGCUCGUCUCCACAAAGUCGCCCAUAUCGAGCAUCGUCUCGGUCAACAUGGACGGAAGAGACGACUGGAUCAUCAGCCAGAGGCAGGCAUUGCUUGCGUGGACUGGCCAUACUCUGAAGUUGAAACCACAGUACAACGUCAAGCUGGGCCUCGCACACUGGGGAAACACAUACAUCACCGGUAGAGGACUGCUAGCGCUUGCGGGAAGCGGGCAAAUCUACCAGGUCCAAGUCAAGGCUGGUGAGAGCUAUGUUGCGCAUCCCAGCAACGUCGUAGCAUACACAGCCUCCAACACACCACCAAUCCCCUUCCGAUUCAAGUCAUCAAACCUCCGCUUCCAGGUCCCAGACCUCGGCUUCGGCUCCAUGGUCCAAAACACUAAAUUCUUCCGCACCAUGAGCAAGACAGCCACAUGGCGCGCGCUAGCAACUACAUACUACACCCUCAAGACAUGGCUGCGGAGAACAGUCUGGGGCGACAGGUUAUUCCUCCGCUUCGAAGGCCCUACCACCAUGCUGGUCCAAUCCCGCGCCUCGCGAAUCAGCGACGUCCUCACACUGAGAAACGUCGACGAGAUUGCAGAUAGCCCACCAGGCGCUGUCGAGGAUGCUGCUACGCGCAAGAUUAAAGAGGAGAUCAAGUCGAUAGGAGAGGGCACAAAGGCACCGAUACCCAAUACUGAUGCUUCGGGGACGGUAAGGUAUGCUACUGUCAAAGAUGGCAAGGCCGAGUUUGAGACGCCAAAGGUAGAGGCGCCGAAAGUAUAG